GGCUUCUAGGGAGUACAGCAACGCAAGCCUAUGCUUGUGCACUCUGAAAUAAGCGCUGUUGAGUUAAAGGGAAUAACUUAACUCUUUAGUGAGUGAAAACAGAAUCGGAUCCUAGGGUUUUCAUCUAAGGAAAACAUUGUUGCUCUUUUGGUGGGACGUCGCCAUUUGCACUUAGACUUCGUUGGCGGAGGUACGCCAUACUCCUCAGGGCGAAACACCUGCCGCAGGUGCGUGUCAGUCACGUGGCUCUCAGCCCCGGGAGCAGCUGUUUCCUUUCCUUCCCGGCUGACGCCACUCCGUUGCCGCGGACGGACGAAGCUAGGAAAUGCAGUUCCUGCUGCUCUUGGCUUGUUGUUGAGCCCAGGGGGGGAAAGUUUGAAGGAGGCACAAGAUCUGCUCUGAGAAACGGAUAAUUUCACCUUGACUGUCGCGCGGAGUCGAUCCCCAAAAGACGGCAGGGCCAAGAUGAGUAAGAUCCAUAACUUCUUCAAGGGCGGAGGAGGCAAGGGGAAAAGCAAAGGAGGGCCCACUCCCCAGGAAGCCCUAGCCAGGUUGCGGGAAACGGAGGAGAUGCUCACCAAGAAGCAAGAGUAUUUGGAGACAAGGAUCGAAAAGGAGCUGGCAUUGGCUAAGAAGCACGGCACCAGAGACAAAAGAGCUGCACUGCAAGCACUGAAGAGAAAAAAGAGAUACGAGAAACAGUUGACUCAAAUUGAUGGGACACUUUCUACCAUUGAAUUCCAACGUGAAGCGCUUGAAAACUCCUACACUAACACAGAAGUGUUCAAGAACAUGGGCUAUGCUGCCAAAGCCAUGAAAAAAGUACAUGAAAAUAUGGACCUGGACAAAAUUGAUGACAUGAUGCAAGAUAUCACUGAACAACAAGAUAUUGCUCAGGAAAUCACAGAAGCUCUUACACGAAAAAUUGGUGAUGAUUUUGAUGAGGAUGAAUUGCUGGCAGAACUAGAGGAAUUGGAGCAAGAAGAACUCAAUAAUAAAAUGACAAAUGUCAGGUUACCAAGUGUACCAGCCACACCACUACCUUCAAAACCUGCAUCUUCAAAGAAGAAGGUGGAGGAUGAAGAUGACAUGAAGCAGCUGGCAGCAUGGGCUUCUUAACACCAAGUCACACGUUUCUCACAAGGCUAUGGGAAGAGUUCAUGGAACUGUGUGUUGUGUUUGACACAGUGCAGCUGUGUUGAUAAGACCAGUAUUGGUCCUGGUAGGGUUUUUUUGUAUGUACUUAUUUUUGUUUCUUAAAGAGCCAGGAUUACUCGAGAUCUGCUGCUUAAAAUGCUGUUUCACUUUCAGAUGUAGCCUUGCUUGAUUUUCUCUUGUACAUAUUUAAGGAGCCAGAUGACACUUGUCUUGCACACAAAAGUGUACUGGGUAGUCUAUUCCUACACAGUAUUAUGCUGUGACACCAAAGCUGUGUGUACAGGCAUGUGUGUAUCAGACUUAAAUUUAGUUAAGAAAUAAAUGAGUUCAAUUCCAUUAAAACCAGCAAGGCUGAGAGCUGAUCUGCACAACUUGUUUGGACUCAUGGCACCUGCUGAUCUCUUUAAUCCUUUGCAGCUUUUUGCAAAAUCUGUUUGUUGCAGAGGAUAGUAUAAUGAGAAUCUUCUCCUAACAGCAGCUUGUCAGUGGGGCAGGCUGCCAAUUGGGCUUUGGAACCUCAUUCUUUGGAGGUCUUCAAAAGACGUUUGUAAUGGUUGAUUACAUAGUCUGUUAGGUCCAACUUAAAUACUAUUGUAUAGUGCAAAUGUUUUUCCAGGCCCUGCUCCAUUGGAUUUAUUUACCUUAUAUGAGGUAGCUACUUCCAUGUAGCUACUUACUCACUCAAGCUCUGGAACAGGAAAAAUGAAGAAUCCUGCAGCACCUUAAAGACUAAGACACUUAUUGGGGCAAGAACGCACUUUGUCAGUGUGUUUUGACAUAUACUUUGGACAUAGCCUUUGUGUUUCAAAGAAACACUAUGCCAUUUAAAAUACAGGAUAAAAUUUGGCUCAGAGAAGGUAGCAAGCCAUAUGAAACUGACCUUUCAUAUGAGAUAAUUAACUCAGCUUUAGUACAUUUUAACUUUUUAAAAAAAGUGAUGGUGGGGUGGCUUGCGUCUGUGACCAGCCAACUUAAAAUUGAUUUAUCAAACUAUUUAAUGGAUGGAGCUCACAGCUAACUAAAUCAGAAGGCUUAAACACUAAUAUAUCUAGAUUGGAUUGUAACCGGAGAGUAGAUGAGAGCAUCUCUCUGUGUUUCAUACUUGUUACUUUAAUGUUGAAUCUUCCAUAUGAAGUCUUCAUACUGAGACAUCCUACUGCUGGUUCAGUAAACCCAGAGCCAAAAUGUUCACCAAUAUACUGAAGGGGGGGGGAGGGAUAUUUCAUUGUAUGUCUGUACUCCCAGGAAACAUGACUGAGUGUCAUUCCUGUAGGAACCUUGGAUCAUCUAGGUUACAAAAAGAUGAUAUAUUUCACAACUUAAGUUAUUCAGACUUGUGAUUGUUCAAGAUUCAAUAAAACUCAAAGUUUCCAGCACUGCAUUUCUUGGUUACAGUCCCAGAAGAAGUGGACUAGUGUGACAAGAGAUUCUGUGCAUUCUGGACAAGGUGUGGGGAAUUGUUCAGACAUCCUUCAAAAAGACAAUGUAGAAGGAGUUUAAAGCCACAACAAACUCUUUGCAGUUCCAAAAUGCAAGCAAUGCUGCAAGUAUCUAGUGCUCCAAGGAAGAGUGAGGAUGACCUUUUGGGUCCUUGGAGGAAAUGGUUGCACCUGAAAAACUGAUUGGAUAUUGAUUACAAAUGAGUACAGCUUCUCUUCUGUUUGACUGAAUUUUCUUCAGGAGAGUUCACAUUCCUAAGGCUUGUGAUAAGGUCCAAUUUCAAUAUGGCUGGUAUGCUAGCCUAAGGCUCUCCAGCUGUUGGACUACAAUUCCCAUCAUCCCCAGGUUGGUUUCUCUUGCCAUAGAGAGAAGUGAAGUGUGACAUCCACCCGUACCCCAACAAUUAUAUUUUGAAUUCCAAUAACAUAGACUACUGAUGGUGACCUGAUUAAUUCUGAUUAUUUUCCUGGGUGCAGAUAUAUUCUAUGCUCUAAUACAGGGUGUAGGCAACCUUGGUUCUCAUUGCCAAACUACAACUCCAGCACCCCCAGCUACAAUUUGGGGUGUCUGGGGAUGCUGGGAGUUGUAGUUCAGCAACAGCUGGAGAGGUAAAGUUGCCUUUGCUCUAAUGCAAUGACACUUAGGUUCUAUAAACUGCUUUCCUCCUCUCCUCCCUAAGUUUUACUUGUUUUCAGUAUACUAGCAAACAUCUUUUGAGCAGAGUGGGAAUCCCUAGAGUCCAGAGCGCACAUGUGUAAAGGAUGUUCUCAUAGGGAGGUUUAUCAAAUGGCAGAACAGUGGAGGGCACAGCCUGGCGGUAGCAGUAGUAUAGAAGAAUGUAAGACGAGACUAAAAUACUGCCAUAUAUGUGGGUCUUUGAAUCCCAGCCAUUAUUUGUGCCAACAGACUUGUGUAUCUAGAUACUGCUAAUGAAAAUGUCUGUUUUACAAUUAAAACAUUGGAUACAGUGUUAGGUGUCUAAAAUUCCUUCUGAAAAGCAAUGUUCUCUCUUUGCAACUUCUCAUAGCUGAUGUCUUCUGAUUUAGGCUGAGAUUUUAAAUGUUAUGUUUAAAAUGUUAAUUUGUAUUAUUGUAAAUUAAAAUGCUAUUUGUA